CCACAUUUCGAUUCUGCUGUGUAAUCUGACUGCAUUUUCCCACGUGGAGACGCUUUAUUUUCUAGGGUUUUAUCGACAAAAAUCCCACCAGUCCGUCUCGACAGCACGACCGCGCAUAAGUCUAAAUGAACCCUAGUCGCUACAAGAUUGAGUAGCGCGGAGGUCACUGUUCCUAGAUGCUUAGACUUCCACUGUGGCAUGGAAUAGCGGCUUACCAGACACCUUUCGUCAUUGUCAGUGGAGGACUGAGGCUGCGACAGUGUUCUGGCCGUACGCCGUGCAUUGGAGUAAUGAGGCACCCAGCAGCGUCUGAGAACCCAUAAAACUACAGUCAGCUGUGCACUUAAUUUAGCUUUACGAUUCUGACC